AUGAGCUCCCGAGCUCACAGCAAGCUCCCACGGACUCUCGCGGCUCCUCGCAUGGUUACCGAUGGAGACGUGGGAGAUAUUGAUCAGAUCACCUCCUCACUCUUCCUUGGCAGAGGCAGUGUGGCCUCCAACCGGGACUUGCUGGAGUCUCGGCUCAUUACGUGCAUCGUGAAUGCGAGCAGCAAGAUCCCCAAUUACUACUGGCCUCAGUUCGAGUACGUUAAAGUGUCUGUGGCUGACACGCCCCGUGCCCCCAUUGGGCUGUACUUUGACACCGUGGCCGACAAGAUCCACAGCGUGAACAGAGAGCAAGGGACUACCUUCGUGCACUGCUCUGCGGGGGUGAGCCGCUCGGCCACUCUGUGCAUUGCUUACCUGAUGAAAUUCCACCACGUGUGCCUGCUGGAGGCUUACCGCUGGGUGAAAGCCCGGAGACCCGUCAUCAAGCCCAACGUAGGCUUCUGGGAGCAGCUGAUAGACUAUGAGUGCCAGCUCUUCGGGAAGUCCACGGUUAAGAUGGUGCAGACACCUUAUGGCAUAGAGCCAGAUGUUUACGAGAAAUAG